AUGGCAGAGGCCGAUCGGCGCGGCAGGUCCGAAAUGCCACGCCCGAAGACCAAGAGAAGGGUCCCGCGAGUAAGUUCUUUUUGCCACCGAAACCCGAUGAGCCGGCUACAAGCUACAUGUUGCCUCCAACGGCAGACCGGUGCUAGCCAAGCCCGAUAUCGACAUCAUUGUGCGCCGUACCUGCAUAUGUCAGAAAAGCCUGCGUGCUGCCAUGCCCACGUUUUGAGUUCAUGCACACACAUACCCCAAUUGAAACAGUACGAAACGGUACCGCCUCGGAGACGAACCCGUCCACAACGCCGGCCGACUUUGGAGCUCCGGGAGCAGGAACGGAGUAAGGGGCCGGGCGAAGCGGAGCGAGUGCCUGCCGCCUUCCGAAGGGCAGGAAGCCACCCAAGCCUCCGACCGGAAGGCACCAACGGGGCCAUGCACGCUCAUUCUUUCCUUCCGUCCCUUCACAAAGCCAUCUUCAUCAAGCCUGGCAGGCCCGAUUUCAUGAAAGCCAGCUGCCGAUGCCAUCUUGGAAUGAGUCGAGAACUGUCUCGCUUCCUUACGUCUUGUUCACAACCCUCUUGA